UCGAGAUGAGGGAGCUCGGCGCGGUGUGUGCUCCUCCUUCGGACAAAGCGAAGGUUGUCGUCGGGAGAUGACAGAAGAAUAAUAUAUUACUUAUUUAGAGAUACGUAAUGGUAUCUAAUUUUAUAUAGAGGCAUAGUGUGCAUGAGCAAAAAUGGCUGCUGAAGGCAGUUUAUCAGAUGAGGACUAUCUACCAGCUGGCCUUCAGAGCGAUAUUUCUGAUGAUGAGGAGGAGGAGGAGGAAGAGGAGGAGAAUGAAAUAGAAGUUGAUAAAGAAGAAGAUGGGGGUAAUGACUCUCACAGUAUUGAGAAUGAGUCGGCUAUCAUAGAAUCAGGUUCUCAAGCUAAUAAUUCCAAAUCAAAUGAAGAUUUUCUUGCGUCCUUUGUGAGUAUUCCCGAUGGUGCUGAAGAUGAAGAAGCUAAACCUAAAAUGAAGAAGAAGAGGAAAAAGAAGUCUGAUCCAUCAACUAGUAAGAAACGAAGGAAAUCGGGAGAAAAGGAUGGAGAACCAAAAAAGAAGAAGCGGUUGAACAAACCACCCUCCAAAAGAAGAAAUAUACGGUAAGGUAUUUGUAAAAUA